GUCGUGUUUGCUAUUGGUAGUUUGGUCGUGGUAGAGAGGACCGAAGACAGAGAUGAGAUGAUUGAGCUCAGAACUGUUGAGACUGGCUUGGGUACAGUCGCCGACGAAGAAGUCAGUGAAGUUGUCGGCGCUUUUGUUGUCACAGCUGACGAAGAUGACGUGGUUGGCAGUAUUGGACUGACAACGGAGGAGACGGUCGACAGGGUGGAGCUUAUAAUUGAGCAGUUGAUGUUGGUGGAGGAGGCUUCGGUGUUACAGCAGUGGAAGAGCUGCUAGGGACGAUAAUGGAUGACGUGCUCGAGACUUUAGGACUCGUCACUACUGAGGAGGACGUUGGAGCAACAACCGAAGAGCUGGAUGUACUUGAGACUUUGGGACUUGAGACAACUGGAGUGCUCGUUGGAGCAACUACUGAAGAGCUGGAUGUGCUCGAAACCUUGGGAGUUGUGACAACUGUGGUGCUCGUUGCUGAUGUGCUCAGAACUGACGUACUCGAGGUGCUGCUUGAUGUGGUAGCACCUUUACUAGCAACUCCGGCUGAGGAAGAAGCUGCACAGUUCCAUAGUUUGCUGUGUGGAAAGAGAGGGAUCUUACUCUUCAUCGGUACUGCAAUCAGCGAGGCAAGUAGCAGAGACAGUGUCUCCAGGCUCUCUAGUUGCGCGUGUCGAGCAGCCAUCCCAUUCGCAACUCUUCUCUGUCAGAAUGUUUCCGGCUAUGGUGCAGUCAAGAGCAGCGAGUACUUGCUGCAGAAAGAGAGGGGCCGUCAAGAGCGAGAGGGCUGUGAGAGACUUCAUGGUUGGAGAUGGCUAGCGUCGAAUUUGAGUGGCGAGUCUGCUCUCUUCUCUCGAGGCCUCGACUUCACUAUUUAUGAUUUCGAACCGUGGCUCUGGACACUCGGCCCAAGCGGAAUCGGAUAAAGCAUUUUGAAAGAUGGAAAAAUGUUUGUAUACAACGUUUCCUUGGCGAACAUUGGCACGGUCUAGAUCCUCCAUCACGCUGCUGCAGUUCCCAGCGGGAAUAGUCUGUGGAUGGAUCAUGGAGAGAGAUCCCAUUGCGCCAAGGUUACUGCCGAAUGUCAUUCAUUUACUUUUUCAAGAAUUUCUCAUGUUUCAA